AUGUCGACGAAUAGCAACAUUUUGAAACGUAAGAAUGAAGAUUUGGAGUCGACAUCGGAUGACCAACUUAACAAGAGAGUUGCGUUGGAUAGCGAGCAGCUCGCAAUAAGUGAAAAACAAGAAGAAGAAGCUCAGACAGCGCCAAUUAUAGGAAGUGCCAAUGGAUCGAUAGAUUUAACUGAUGGCGCUCACGAAGAAGAGAGCUCAGAGGAACAAGAAAACGUACAAAGUGAAACACAGAGUCAUGGCACAGAAGAACCGAAAAUUCAAUCCCAAGAUCUUCAGAAUGAGGUAAAGGAAACACAAGAAGUAAUACCUGACUUGCAAGAAACUUAUCAACCGAAAAAUGAUAGCGACUUGCAAGAACAAGUUCCAGAAGCCGGCAAAGAUGAUACUUACUUUAAUGAUGGGCAAUACGACCAAGAUUAUAACGAUGGGGAUGAUGACCAAUUUUCAAAAGCGACCUCCAAUCACAGAGAGAAGGAGAGUGACCCUACUUAUGUACAGUUUCGUAUGUAUUGUCCUGUGAAAGAAGCUAGCUGUAUUGUCGGCAAGAAAGGAGAGAAAAUAAAUCACAUCAGAGAUAAGGCUAAUGUCAGGAUUAAUGUAAGUGAAAAUUUGAAAAAUGUUCCAGAAAGAAUCGUUCUGGUAAGAGGAGCAGCCGAGAAUGUGGCAAGAGCCUUUGGAUUAAUCGCACGUACGAUUUUAGAGGAGCCUGAAGACGAACCAGCUUCCAUGUUAAGCAAACAAUACAACCUUAAAGUCUUGGUUCCACACCCAAUGGUUGGCUUCAUUAUCGGAAAGCAAGGUAGCAAAUUUAGAGAGAUUGAAGAAAAUUCAGCUGCAAAAUUAAAAGCUGCCGAACAACCACUUCCUUACUCUACUGAUAGAAUUCUUUCAAUUACGGGUGUAGGUGAUGCUAUUCAUAUUGCUGUUUAUUAUAUUUCUCAAGUGAUGAUAGAGCAUAAAGACUGUUUAAAGAAAAAUAAAAUUGUAUACUAUAACCCUGCAAACUACCAUCAUACAAAUUUAAGUACUAACAUGAUGAACAUGUCUAUGAUGCCAUCAAAUUCCAACAUGAUGUUAAUGGGCGGUAACUCUACAAAUCCAUUACUUAUGCAAGGCGUGAAAGAUAAUACCUCUAGUAGUCCCUAUGCACAGCAACAAAAGCAACCUUAUAAUUUUCAAAUGAUGUUUCAACCAUCAGCACACCCUCAACAACAAUAUGCUAGCCCUGUGAGUGCUACUACGAGUCUCAAUGUACCUCCACAGACUCAAUAUACUGACGAGCAUGGUAAUACAAUGAUUGGCGAUGUAAUCACAAGCCCCCCUGUUCAAGUAGGGCCAAACCCAGAUAAAUUUAACGAAGAUAUAUUUGUCGCUAACUCAAGCAUUGGCUCUGUCAUUGGAAAAGGAGGAAACAAUAUAAAGCAUAUUAGGGAAAAUAGUGGUUGUACUUAUGUCAAAAUUGAACCUGACAAAAACCAAUCUAUUAUGGUUGGUGGAAGAGGCUUGACAAAUAUUAGGAAGCUCACCUUGACGGGAUCAUUAAGUUCGAUACAGACAGCCAUCUUUUUGAUUAACCAAAGAAUAGGGGCUGAUAAGGAGAGGAAUAAUAUUCAUUAA